CAGACCGGAGCCUGAGCCUCCUCUCCUCCUCCUGGCCUGAUGCAGGGCUGCCUCCCAGCCCUGGUCCCCGUCCUCCCCGGGGUCGAGGUCCCAAACCCACCAGGCACACAACCUGCUUCCCCGCCCAGGCCCCUGCUCAACCCGGCCGAGCAGGCAGUGAACUGGACUCCCCGACAAGGAAUCUCGCCUGGGGCGGGAGCGGGGGAAAUUGUUUGGGGUUUGAGCCCUGAUUGGCUGCGCCCGGGCCCGCCCCUACCCUUUCCCCCUUCUCCCCGUCCUGGAAGGGGGGCGUGGAGGCCACGGGAUCAGCCUGGGGCCAGCAUGAGCCGGAGGGAGGGGAGUCUGGACCCCCAGGCUGACUCGUCAGUCUCACCCCUUCCCCUCUUGGAGGCCAAGAUCCAUCAGACACACAGCCUUGCCCGCCUCCUCACCAAAUACGCUGAGCAGCUCUUCCAGGAAUAUGUGCAGCAGCAGGGAGACCCCUUCGGGCUGCCCGGCUUCUCGCCCCCGCGGCUGCCGGUGGCGGGCCUGAGCGCCCCGGCCCCGGGCCACGCGGGCCUGCCGGCGCCCGAGCGGCUGCGGCGGGACGCGGGGGCGCUGGCCGCGCUGCCGCCGCUGCUGGACGUGGCGCGCCGCCUGCAGGCCGAGCUGAACCCGCGCGCGCCGCGCCUCCUGCGGCGCCUGGAGGAGGCCGCGCGCCAGGCCCGGGCGCUGGGCGCCGCCGUGGAGGCCGUGCUGGCCGCGCUGGGCGCCGAGCCCCGCGAGCCCCGGCCCGAGCCCGCCGCCGCCGCCGCCGCCGCCGCCGCCGCCGCCGCCGCCGCCGCCGGCGUCUUCCCCGCCAAGGUGCUGGGGCUCCGCGUGUGCAGCCUCUACCGCGAGUGGGUGCGCUGCACCGAAGCCGACCUGGGCCAGCUGGUGCCCGGGGGCCCCGCCUGAGCGCGGCGGCCCGCAGCCUCCUGCCAGCGCCUCCAUCUCCCUCCAUCUCUCUCUCCAUCUCCCUCCAUCUCUCUCUCCAUCUCCCUCCAUCUCUCUAUCUCAAUCUCUCUAUCUCCAUCUCUCUCCAUCUCUCUCUCCAU